CUCAGCUUUUCAUCUUAUCCCAAUCACUGGACACGCCGAUCGCAACUUCAUGGCGCCCUUAUCAUCAGUCUUGUCAGAACGUCAGAAGGAAGAAUUUCAUAAAGCGGUUCUUGAUUUCUUAUUUUCUUCCGGAUUCCACCUAGCUUUUGAAGCGUUGAAAUCAGAACUUCCCAGCCAACUUGAAUUUCAACCCGAUCCCAAGGCGAAAUGGGCUGGAUUGCUGGAGAAGAAAUGGACUAGCGUCAUUCGACUACAAAAGAAGAUAAUGGACCUAGAACGAGAAAACACGCUCUUGAAGGAAGAGCUUGCUUCUUCAGGCUCGACUACGGCCUCGCGACGGGGCCAAGAUGACGACUGGAUCCCGGGGCGCGGUGGUGGACCAAAACAUACUCUGACUGGCCAUCGCGCUCCGAUUACUGCGGUCACAUUCCAUCCUCGUUUCUCAAACGUCGUGUCUGCUAGUGAAGACAGUACUAUCAAAGUCUGGGAUUACGAGACGGGAGACUUCGAAGUUACGCUCAAAGGACACACAAAAGUCGUUUGUGAUGUGGAUUAUGACACCAAGGGCACCUUUCUAGUCUCAUGUUCCUCAGAUUUAACCUUAAAACUAUGGGAUUGUUCUAACAACUACCGUUGUAUCAAGACUCUCUAUGAUCACGACCAUUCGGUAUCCAGCUGUCGGUUCAUGCCCGGAGAUACGCACAUUGUAAGCGCCAGUCGAGACCAAAGAAUCAAAUUAUGGGAGGUUGCAACUUCAUUCUGUGUAAAGACGUUGAGGGGGCAUUCAGAGUGGGUACGGGGUGUCUGGCCCUGCCCUAGCGGACGAUGGUUAGUCAGUGCAUCUAACGACCAAACUUCCCGUAUAUGGGAUGUAUCCACAGGUGAAACCAAACUUGAAUUACGUGGACACGAACAUGUUGUAGAGGUCGCGGUUUUUGCUCCCGAUCUGGCAAAUUCCGCUAUCAGAGAACUAGCGGGAAUUCCACUCCCAUCCGCCACAGAUACGAAAACCAAGUCAAACAAUCCUAUCUUUGUAGCAACCGGGUCUCGAGACAAAAGUAUUCGUAUUUGGGAUGCGACUAGUGGUCAAUGUCUCAAAGUCUUGAUUGGACAUGAUAACUGGAUCAGAGCCAUAGUUUUUCACCCCAACGGAAAGCAUCUUCUUUCAGCGUCCGAUGACAAAACUAUCAGAAUAUGGGACUUGAGGACAGGUCGCUGUGUCAAAGUACUGGAGGCCCACGAUCAUUUUGUUACAUGUAUGGCAUGGGGUCGAGCUCCAGCUGGUGGCGGCCCGCCAACCACCAAUGAAGAUAUCUCCCAAUCGAAAUCUGGCGAAGCUGUAAAUCAGCGAGUUGUCACAGUCAUGGCUACAGGGAGCGUUGACCAAUCCGUCAAAAUUUGGACGCCAUAACUAGUUGACCCUCAUGAAGGUGUUCACGACAAAGGUAUGAGGAUUACGUUUCCUGAUUUUAUCAUCUGCAUUCAGCUAUUUUGCACCCUUUGGAAGCGGGAUUCCUAUGUAAUGUUUAAAUAAGAUGUGACUUGUUCCCAAUCUUUGUGUAAAGGCCUGACUGUAUGCGGUCCUGGCUAUUUCGUUAAUUCUCUAAUUUGUUUUUUUGCUUCAUUGUUGAUACAAACUGAAGUGGCAUGCAUGUAAUGUGAGCAGAAUCUUUGUUUCAUAGACCUCCUGUC